AUGGCUGAUAGAGGCCGAGGUAACCGCGGUGGCUUCCGGGGCGGCGACCGUGGUGGUGGCGGCCGUGGAAGAGGAGGUGGUGAUCGAGGAGAUCGCGGUGGUGGUCGAGGACGAGGAGGUGGCGAACGGGGAGACUAUGGCGGUGGUCGUGGGCGAGGAGGCGGUGACCGUGGAGAUUACGGCGGCCGCGGACGAGGAGGUGGUGGUGACCGAGGAGGUUACAGGGGUAGCUUCAGCGGCUUCCGAGGAGACGGACGAGGCCGCGGACGUGGAGGCGGAGGUGGCGGUUUUGGUCGUCGCGAUGAGUCUCCUGGCAAGACGAAGGCUUUCAACUACAACGGCACGAUACCUGAACCUGAUGCUGAAGUUAUGAAGCUGGAGAAUCAGAUUGUGGCAGCCCAAUCCUCGUCACUUACGGCUCUCACGUCUCAGAUGGGUAAACUGGGCGUCAAAGGGAAAGGGGGCAAAGGAGGCAAAGGAGGCACCGCUGCUCCACCGCCAAGCACGAUCAACCACUUUCCUCCUAGGCCAGCCUAUGGCUCACAUGGCAGACCCGUUGUCCUCUGGGCAAACUACUUCAAGGUCAACCUCAAAUUUGACACGUUCUACAAGUAUACGAUGAAUGCCAAGAAGGUUGGCUCCUCAAAGCCAGAGUCGAAAAAGGGCGGCAAAGCUGGCGCAGGCGACAAAGAGAUCAAGGGCAGAGAACUGUUUUUCGUCGUCAAGGCCGUUCUAGCCAAACUUUUGGAGGAGGAUAAGGCUCUUGUCGCUGCCACAGAGUUCAAGGACGUGCUCAUCACGCUGAAGCAGAUCAAUCUCGCUGCCAACCCCAUGGUUGUUGAAGUUGCCAAAUCCGAGGGGAGCGAAGAUAUGGAUUCGUACUCUGUGCAGAUCCACGGCCCAAAUGAGAUUCGAGUUGGCGACAUGAAACAGUAUCUGACAUCCAUGGCGGAUGGACCGGGCGGUGCUGACGCCAUCUCCUUCCCACGCUUUCCCGACGUUGUUGACGCGAUCAACGUCAUUCUGGGCCAUAAGCCCAGGAGCGAUCAUAUCAAGACCGCAGCCAUUGGUUCAUCUCGAUUCUUCCCAUUUGGAGACGACAAAGUAAUCCAGAAUCUCACUCAGAAUUGGCGCGCUCUGGCCGCUGCCCGCGGCUACUUCCAAUCCGCCCGCUUGGCAACUGGCCGGGUGCUGGUAAACGCCAAUGUCACUCACGGCGUUUUCAGAAUCUCUGGUCGCAUGACAGAGAUUUUGGAAAACCUGCAGAUCAGAGCCGCUUCAAAGAACGAAGGGUUUGAAAUGCGCAAACUUAGAGCGUUUGGUAAAUUCCUACCCAAGACUCGUGUCUGGUACAACUUCAAGACUACCGAGGGUAAAAGUGUUCGCCGGUCCAAGGCUAUACGGGGCCUGGCCAGUUCGUCAGAUGUUGUUAAAAAAGGCAAGGGCAUGGCACAUCCACCCAAGUUUGAUGCCAACUGGGAAUUUGGUGGUCCAAAGAACGUUCAGUUCUGGAUAGACAGUGGCAAAGGGGGCCGCUACACCUCGGUCUUUGACUAUUACAAGCAGAAGUACGGGAUAACCCUAAAGGAUUAUCCAUUGCUCGACAUGGGUACUGAGCAAAAGCCUUUUACAUAUGUACCGGCUGAGAUGAUCGAGAUCCAACCAGGCCAGGCAAUCAAAGCUUCUCUUAACAUGGACGAGACGACUGCUAUGCUAGAAUUUGCCUGUCGGUCGCCGUACUCCAAUGCCCUUUCCAUUAGCACCGCCAGCCGUCAAGUGCUCGAACUUGACGAUCCAUCACUAAACAAAUUUGGUGUCUCUGUCGAGAAGCAGAUGUUGACUGUUCAAGGAAGAAUCCUCAAUGCGCCGACGGUAGUCUAUUUGGACGGCAAGAGAAAGAAUGUCGAUGUUAGACCGCUGAAUGGCACCUGGAAUAUGAGAUCGGUAAGAGUUAUCAAGCCAGGUAACAGGAUUGAGCGUUGGAGCUGGGUCAAUCUCUUGAUGAGACCAAAUGCGCAGCCAGUUGGAAGAGAUGUCGUUUUACAAUACGGAGAUUUCUUGGCUAAUAUGGGGAUCGCAAUCAACAAAGUCCCCGUUGCUCCCCCGAGAGAGGCAAUUGAUAUCAAUCAAAACCUCGACAAUAUCUUUGGGUGGUUACAACAAAACAAAAUCCAGCUUUUCGUCAUCAUCCUGUCUGAAAAAGAUUCGUCAGGAUUGUAUGCCAGGAUCAAGCAAUUGGGUGAUUGCACAUAUGGAAUUCAUACGAGCUGCGUUGUGGGACGUACAUUUGGAAAAGCGAGCCCAGGAUAUUUCGCCAACGUCGGGCUCAAGAUCAACCUCAAAGCUGGGGGCGUCAACCACAGGCUUAAAGACGAUUUUAGCAUACUCAAGGAUGGCAAAGCCAUGAUUGUUGGCUACGACGUCACUCAUCCGACCAACAUGUCCUUGAAGAAGGGCGCUGCUGAGCCUCCUAGCUUGGUCGGGUUUGUGUCCAGCGUUGACAGUGAUCUCGGGCAAUGGCCCGCACUGUCUUGGGAGCAAACUUCUAGGCAGGAGAUGCUUAGUGAUAAGCUCAUUGAAGCAUUCAUGCUUCGACUGGAUACCUGGAGCAAGCACAAUGGAAACCGGUAUCCAGAAAACAUUGUCAUCUACCGAGACGGCGUCUCCGAGGGCCAGUUCUCUCAAGUUCUCGACCGGGAGCUGCCAUGCAUCCGUGAAGCGUGCCGCAAGAAGUAUUCGCCCCAGUUCCAGCCAAAGAUCACGCUGGUGGUGUCGGUGAAGCGACACCAGACCCGGUUCUACCCUUCAUCGACAGAGGAGAUGUCUAGGUCUGGCAACAUCCUCAACGGAACGGUAGUAGACCGAGGCGUAACGCAAUCCCGAUACUGGGACUUCUACCUAACGGCCCAUGACGCUCUCCAGGGCACCGCUCGACCGGCGCACUACACCGUUCUCCUGGACGAGAUCUUCCGCACGAAAUUCGGCACCAACGCGACCAACGAACUGGAGCGCUUGACACACGAGUUGUGCUAUCUCUACGGCCGCGCCACCAAAGCCGUCAGCAUUUGCCCCCCAGCGUACUAUGCUGACAUUGUCUGUGAGCGUGCUCGCGCACAUCGACCCGAGUGGUUUGAACAGAACGACUCGGAGAAUCAGACCGAAGCAGCUGGGGGCGGCCCGAACACCAUUGGAAGGCAGGUACAUGUCAAUCUCAGGGACAGUAUGUACUAUAUUUAA